AUGUCAUCCCUCCUGAAUACCGGGCCAAUGCCCUCAGAUCAACCUGGCUUUUCAUUUUCCCACACCGCCGUUCCCAGAGAAGCCUCAGGCGCUAAACAACGUGCCUUCAACCCGUACACAGAUAACGGCGGCUCGACGCUGGGAAUAACGGGUGCAGACUUUGCCAUUCUAGCUGGCGACACGCGAUCCACGUCAGGUUACAACAUCAACACUCGAUAUGCCCCCAAGCUCUUCCGCAUCGGUGAUGAUGGUGAUUCCUCCUCACGCAUCGUCUUGUCCGUCGUUGGAUUCGCAGCAGAUGGAAAUGCUCUGAAGGAACGGCUAGAUGCCGUUGUCAAAAUGUACAAAUACCAACAUGGCAAGCCCAUGAGCGUCAAGGCCUGCGCACAACGAUUGUCAACGAUCCUCUACCAGAAGCGUUUCUUCCCAUACUAUGUACACGCGAUUCUGGGCGGACUAGACGAGGAUGGAAAGGGGGCUCUGUACAGCUAUGAUCCUGUGGGCAGUUACGAGCGUGAACAAUGCCGCGCAGCUGGCGCAGCCGCCAGCUUGAUCAUGCCAUUCUUGGACAAUCAGGUCAACUACAAGAAUCAGUACAUUCCGGCUUCAGGAAUAGGACAUGAACUGCAGCAGAGACCUACUGAAAGUCUACCGAAGGAUGUUGUCAUCGGCUUGGUCAAGGAUGCUUUCACCAGUGCAACGGAGAGACAUAUUGAGGUUGGCGAUGGACUACAAAUGUUAAUCAUCACGAAGGAUGGGAUCGAAGAGACAUAUACACCACUGAAAAGAGAUUAG